GGUUCGAGCAGAGUGCUGUCAGCUGAAAAGCAGUCGGAACAGGUUAUGAUCAAUCCAGUUGACCUUCGCCAGAUUACUGUUCUUCCAAAGGCAGAAUGGGAAAGAAUUCAGAAUAAUGUAAACACUUUGGAGAAAGAAGCAAGGGAAAUUUAUGAAGAAAUGAAAGAGAGAGAAGCUCUGCAUUUACGGUCCAAAGACAUAGUGAAAAACUGGACUAAUACUAUUGCUGGAUAGAGACAGAAAAAACUGAUAGCAACAAAGCUACGGGAAGAAAAAGAAGAGGAGGAGAAAAAAAAGAUUGAUUUAGAAGAAGCCAAGUAUCAGGCAGAAAAAAGAAGAGAGGCCAUUGAGAAAGCGAGAAUCAAACAGUACUAUGAGACUGACAAAGUCAAGAAAUUUCAUGGUGCACUUUUACUUACUGAAGUAAUGAAAGAAAGAGAAGCACAGAUUGAAUUGAAGAAUAAAAGGAUGCUUCUGGAGAAGAAUAGGGAUGUGGAUUUUGUAAAGAGAGAACUGGAAGAAGGCAUGGUGACUGACCAAAAGAGAGCCCUUCAGCAGAUCACAGCCAGAAAGAAAAACACAGAGGACAUCCUAAAACAGAUAGAGGAACACAAACAUGCUGCCGAGUUAGAAAAAAUAACAGAGAUGAAAGAAGGUGAAGAAAUAAGGAAACUAACUAGAAUGUAUGAGUUAGAAAUGAACAAGUUAGCACAAAUGAAAAUAAAACAAAAACGACAUAUCAUGAUGGAUAAUCUUGCGCAUGUUGGAGAUAAGAAUUUUCUUACAGAGCUUGAAAAGCAACAUCAGGAAGCUGAAGACGACAAGAUUCGAAAUUUCAUUCUUGCAAAGAAAAAGUUGGCCGGUAUCCGAAAAGCAAGAGAAGAAGAAAUAAAUAGACUUACUGUAGAGCGUAGAGAUCAAAUCACUGAGCAUCUGGCAGCAAAACUAAAAGAGCAACAGGAUGAUGAAGAGGAGCGUAUCCGCAAUGCAGUUACUGAAUUAGAAUCAAAGAACAAAAAAGAAAGCAAAGAAAAAGAAGCUAAAUUGAAGGCAGACAUAAAGGCAAUCACAGAGCACAGACUAGCUAUGAGGCAAAAAAAAGGGCAGGAAGAGAAAGAGCAGAGAGCUUUAUGCCAUAAAAGAAGCAGACAACCUGUUUAUUACCCAUGAAAAAGAGAAAAUGAGAAGAGCAGAAGAAGAGAAUAAGAUUACGCAAACCAUGCAAAUUCAGCAAAUGGCUGAGAAGUCCACAAUGUCUCAACUGGAAAAACAAGCGGAGCUAAAGUAUGCCAAACAAAAUGAAAAAUGUAUA